AUGACGCCGACAAAGUGUUCGACGAAAGUCCCCAACGAACGUACAGGGAAAAUGAGCUCUGGACUGAUCUCAACAAGACAUCGAGUAGAUCCUAAGAAAGAAUUGUCUCGGAUUCUGAGAGAAGACGCUGCUGUUAGAGGAGUCGAGAGGAAAGCCAACUCGGAAAAGUACAAUACUUUGAAGCCAAAAACUGUUCUUGAAGCACUUGAUGAAGCUAUAAGAGAGAAUCGAUGGCAAUCUGCUCUCAAGAUUUUCCAUCUUCUUAGGAAGCAGCAUUGGUAUGAACCAAGAUGCAAAACAUACACAAAGGUGUUUAAAGUGCUUGGGAAUUGCAAACAGCCUGAGCAAGCCAGUUUACUUUUCGAAGUCAUGUUGUCUGAAGGAUUGAAACCCACCAUUGAUGUGUAUACAUCUCUUUUAGCUGUUUAUGGCAAAAGCGAGCUUCUAGACAAGGCGUUUGCCACGCUUGAGUAUAUGAAAUCGGUAAGUGAUUGCAAGCCAGAUGUGUUCACCUUUACUGUUCUCAUCGGUUGCUGCUGCAAACUUGGUCGGUUUGAUAUGGUUAAACGCAUCGUUCUUGAGAUGUCGUAUCUUGGAGUUGGAUGCAACACAGUCACUUACAAUACUAUUAUUGAUGGGUAUGGAAAAGCUGGUUUGUUUGAGGAGAUGGAAAAUGUUCUGGCUGAUAUGAUCGAGGAUGGAGAUUCUCUCCCAGAUGUUUUCACGUUUAACUCGAUCAUUGGUUCGUAUGGAAAUAGUGGCAACACGAGGAAGAUGGAGAGCUGGUAUGAUCGGUUCCAGGCGAUGGGAGUGCAACCAGACAUCAAGACAUUUAACAUACUGAUCCGGUCAUUUGGAAAAGCUGGAAUGUAUAAGAAGAUGAGCUGGGUAAUUGAUUUCAUGGAGAAAAGAUUCUUCUCCCCAACGACUGUCACUUACAAUAUCGUGAUCGAGACGUUUGGAAAAGCUGGAAGAAUCGAGAAAAUGGAUGAUGUAUUCAGGAAAAUGAAGUAUCAAGGAGUGAAACCCAACUCUAUUACUUAUUCUUCUCUUGUUGACGCAUAUAAUAAAGCUGGUCUUGUCAUUAAGAUGGAUUCAGUAUUGAGGCAAAUUGUGAAUUCAGACGUGGUACUGGAUACACCGUUCUUCAACUGCAUAAUCAAUGCCUACGGUGAGGCUGGUGAUUUGGCUACGAUGAAGGAACUAUACAUACAAAUGGAGGAGAGGAAAUGCAAGCCUGAUAAGAUCACUUUUGCCACUAUGAUCAAAAUCUAUGAUGCUCAUGGGAUUUUCGAUGCAGUCGAGGAACUCAAGAUGCAAAUGAUUUCCACUGAUGUAGGCAAGAAGAGGCUUACGGGUUGA